AUAAAAAAAAAAAAAAAUUUUGAAUUCUUCUUCUUCUUCUUCUUCUUAGAUUGAAUCAUUCGCCGUUGGGCUUUCGGGUGAGUUCAUUCACCAACACCAAGAGCAUCAAAUCGAAGAAACAAAGCCGUGACUGCAAAGGAAGAAGAUUAUUGAUUGAAACAUGGGUUACACUGCAUCACUCUCUAUCUGAUUUCUUCUGCUUUUUCUUAUUAUUACUACCCUUGAGCUUCCCUUCUUCUUCUUCUUAUUGUAUUGGAUAAUAACUGUAACUGCAAAUUAGGGAGAUUAUUUAUUUGUUUAUUUAUUUAUUUAAAUUUAAUUGGGAUUAGAAAGGCCAAACUUGAAAGAACAGACUAGUGUAGUAGUUGUGAAGUUUAGUUAGUUUAGAUCUAGAGUGUUCAGUUCACCGUGCAUAGCUACAGCAGAUAGUGUGAUGUGAGGUUGAGCUUCUGGGGAUUUAAAAGAUGAUAACUUGGAUGGAUGGUUUGGGAAACUAGUAACUUUUUGUUAUGGAAUUGGAAAGAGGUUUCUGGCAUCCUCUGUUGUUCUUGCUUUUGAUUUAUUCUCUGUCGCGCUGUGUUUCUGGCAUCGAUGCUGAAUAUGCACAGUGCAACUGUGAUGAGGAAGGGCUUUGGAGUAUACAGAGCAUCCUCGUUUGUCAAAAAGUCAGCGACUUUUUCAUUGCCAUUGCAUAUUUUUCCAUACCCAUUGAACUACUUUACUUCGUUAGCUGCUCCAAUGUUCCAUUCAAAUUGGUCUUCCUCCAGUUUAUUGCCUUCAUAGUCCUCUGCGGAAUGACCCAUUUGCUCAAUGCCUAUACUUACUACGGGCCUCACUCCUUCCACUUGUUGCUCUCCCUCACCGUUGCUAAGUUCUUUACUGCUCUUGUUUCCUGUGCCACUGCAAUUACCUUUCCCACCCUGAUUCCUCUUCUUCUGAAAAUCAAAGUGAGGGAGCUCUACUUGAGGCAGAAUGUCUUGGAAUUGGGCCAAGAGGUUGGGAUCAUGAAGAAACAAAAGGAAGCAAGCUGGCAUGUUAGGAUGCUCACCCGCGAGAUUAGAAAGUAUCUGGACAAGCACACCAUAUUGUAUACCACCCUUGUUGAGCUUUCCAAGGCUUUGGACUUGCAUAAUUGUGCGGUUUGGAUGCCUGAUGAGGACAGGCGAGAAAUGCAUUUAACUCAUGAGUUGAAACAAAGAUCAGCAAAGAAUUUUCACAGCUCUAUUCCUAUAAAUGAUCCGGAUGUACUAGAGAUAAGAAAGAGCAAGGGGGUGCGGCUUUUGAGGCCUGAUUCUGCACUAGGAGCUGCAAGUAGUGGUGGAUCUGGGGACUCGGGUGCUGUAGCGGCCAUUCGCAUGCCGAUACUUCAUGUUUCGAAUUUCAAAGGAGGGACACCAGAGUUGGUUGAAACAUCUUAUGCUAUACUGGUUUUGGUUCUUCCAAAUUCAAACUCCAGGGUUUGGACCUCCCAUGAGAUGGAGAUAGUGGAAGUAGUUGCUGACCAGGUGGCUGUAGCCUUGUCUCAUGCGUCCGUUCUCGAAGAGUCUCAGCUAAUGAGCCAGAAACUCGCAGAGCAAAACCGGGCAUUGCAACAGGCUCAAAAGAAUGCAAUGAUGGCCAGCCAGGCAAGGAUCUCAUUUCAGAAAGUGAUGAGUCAUGGAAUGCGGAGACCUAUGCAUUCAAUCCUCGGUUUACUUUCAAUGUUUCAAGAGGACAAUUUAAGAUCUGAACAGAAGAUUGUUAUUGACACAAUGUUGAAAGUUAGCAAUGCACUCUCAAGUUUGAUUAAUGAUGUAAUGGAGAUUUCUGCAAAUGACAAAGGAAACUUCCGGUUAGAGAUGAAACCUUUCCAUCUACAUUCCAUGAUCAGGGAAGCUUCUUGCAUAGCCAAGUGUUUGUGUGUAUACAAAGGCUUUGGUCUUGAAAUUGAUGUCCACAAGUCUUUGCCUGAUCUGGUCUUGGGUGAUGAGGCAAGGUCUUUUCAAGUAAUUCUGCAUAUGAUUGGCUAUUUAUUGAACAUAUAUGACAGAGGGACUCUCAUUUUUCGAGUUUUUCUUGAAAGUGAUAAUGGAGAUAAGGAUGAUAAAAAUUUUGGAAUAUGGAGAUCAAGAAUGCAAAAUGAUUAUGUGUAUGUAAAAUUUAAUUUUCAGAUAACUGGUAUUAGUUCCUACUCAGAUGAAUCAAUUUCAACAAAAAAUCAGGUUGGUAGGAGGCACUACAACUAUGAAACUAAGGAGGGCCUGAGCUUCAGCAUGUGCAAAACGCUGGUGCAGAUGAUGCAAGGUAAUAUCUGGAUAUCACCAAACUCUCUAGGUUUGGCACAAGGGAUGACACUUCUUCUCAAGUUUCAGAUAGGACCAUCACUUGGAAGAUUCAUUCUUGCUCCUAAAGAUUUUUCGAACUCACAGUCACAGUUUAGAGGGCUUAAGGUUGUAGUAGCUGACGACGAUGAUGUAAACAGGACUGUGACCAAGAAGCUGCUUGAGAAGCUGGGUUGUCAAGUAACUGCUGUUUCAUCAGGGUUUGAGUGCCUGGGUGCUAUAAGUGCCUCUGGCAACUCAUUUAAAAUUAUCCUGUUGGAUCUUCACAUGCCUGAAAUGGAUGGUUUUGAAGUUGCAAGAAGGAUUCGGAAAUUCCACAGCCGUAAUUGGCCCUUGAUUAUAGCUCUUACAGCAAGUGCAGAAGAAAACUUGAAGGAGAAAUGCAUACAGGUGGGAAUGCAUGGAUUGAUUCAAAAACCUAUCCUCCUUCAUGAGAUAGAAGAUGAACUUGGAACGGUCCUGCGACGUACAGGUGAAAAAUUGUGAAAACAAUUUUAAGUAUCUCAAAUUUCUUUGGUUCCUCAAAAUUCAUUACUUCGACAUUUUGACAGAGAACCUGGAAUUUCUAACAUACUAAAUAUACUAGGUUCAUUUUGCUAACCAUUUUCCUGUUUAAUCCUUUUGCCAUAUGAUGGAUGAAUUAUGGCUUUCUACAAGGUGUAUUGUGCCACCAUUGAACAGGGAAAGAUGAAAAUAUAAAUUUCCGAAAAAUGCAUAUAAUUUCUUGCAGAUAUUUAUGUGAUAAAUGGAUCUUUAGAA